AACGUCUCUAGCCACUGUGUAGCACCAUCUCUCGGACCCCAACCAGGGAGUCGUGAAGGACCAACAGAAGCCAGUCCUUUGCAGCUUUCUUUCAUACCACGACACCAUGUCAUAUACUGACCACCUCUCCGCUUUUUCCAACCAGUUCUAGAGUCGGCAAAUAAUGCACGACGUGGAAUUCUCUGGGACGACAUUCGUAGAAUAUGUCCAAGCCACCGAAGUCGGUGUUUCAAGAUGGUCACACCAAUUAGAUCAUCGUCUCUGUGCCCAAACAAACGAUGCCGAACCUCUGCAUUACUGACAUGGUGUUGCCACUAGAUGUCAGCAAUCCUUCGGAGACAGCGAUGAUCGAACACAGAGAGUCGUCUAACGUCCUCAACUCGGAGAGGCCAGGUUUCACAAGCAUAGAGCAAAACUGCUCUCACCGACGCGUUGUAGAUCCGACCUUUUACAGCCAGACUAACAUCACGAAGGCGCCAUAGAUGGCCCAGAUUGGCAUAAGCCGCUCUGGCUUUCACUAUUCGUGCAUUGAUCUCAUCACUCACGCCACCACCAGCACUUAUGCAGCUACCCAGAUACACGAACUUCUCAACUACAUCUAUCUGCUCACCAUCCAGGGUGAGUACAGGAUUAGAAUCCUGUCAGUCUUGUAGAAGUACUUUGCACUUCGAAGGUGCAAAGCACAUACCGUACCUACGGACAUUGAUUGUCAACUGAUUAAGUGCGUAUUGCAUGCCUUGGGCAUUAUCGCACAGUAAGACAAUAUCGUCCGCAUACUCAAGGUCGAGAAGUCUUUCUCCAGGCAACAGAUCCACACCACCAUUACUUACAUUCAUCAGAGCUGUUUCCAGAAUGUCAUCGAUGGCAAAGUUGAAGAGGAAUGGUGAGAUUGAGUAACCCUGUCUAACCACACUGCUUGAAUGGAACAAUGGAGAAAAAUGGUUGUAUACCCUCACUCUACCUGAGGUGUUUGUAUAUAGGGCCUUUAGGAUGUUAAUGAACUUCUCAGGCACACUCUUCUUCAAUAGACAAUCCCAGAGAACAGUCCUAUCCAAUGAAUCGAAGGCAGCCCUGAUGUCAAGAAACACUACGAUUGUUGGUCUGUGAUGAGUAUGACAGUGUUCUAACAUUUGGCGAAGGGUGAAGAUAUGAUCAAUACAUCCUCGACCAGAACGAAACCCAGCCUGCUCCUCGCGAGUCAAUCUUUCUCGGGUUUUGAACAGCCUACGAAGUAUGACGGAAGCCAAUAGCUUGGACGCAAUGGGAAGUAAACUUAUCCCCCGAUAGUUGUUACAAGAACGACGUGAACCCUUUUUAAAGAUAGGGACAACUAUCGACUCAUUCCAUGACGUUGGUACACUCUCUAGUUCCCAGACUUUUGUAAACAACGUUGGCAGUUCUUUAACCAGAAAGUCACCACCAUCUUUAAAAAGAGCCGAAGGUGAGUCAUCUGGGCCCGGUGAUUUGUAGAGCCUUAAGAGUUGGAGUUCCUUGCGGACUUCCUCCUCACUUGGUGGAUCAGUCGUGACCGGCUCAAAUAAUAUUGUGUGGUGAUCAUAAGCAUAGCUUGCUCUGUGUCUUGGUGAACUGUAGUUUAAUGUAAAAUGCCGAUUCACGUAAAUUAAUGACUAUAGUGCUCGUGUAUUUCAGGACUGCCGAGUGUACAGUUCUGAGUUUAGACGUAGAAUACUAGGUCAAUCUGGGAAACAGUUUGAUCAGUUAGCGAGUCUUUACCGACUGAAGUGGUUGGGACAUAUAUUACACAUACCUAAUCACCGUCUAUCUCGAUACGCGAUGCUGGUUGACGUAAGAGUAGGUUGGAGGAAAGCUAAGUGCGGGUAUAUAUAUAUAUAUAAACGUAAUAGUAAGCUCAGUAUCUUCAACUAGUAAAGUAUAGAUCCUUAAGCUUGAUUUUCAUCUAAUUAGCUGUAACUAAACGAAUAAAACAAUUUGACUGCAAAUUACUUUAAUUGUCUAUUCAAAGUCAUUUGUAAAUUAAAUCCAUUUAUUUGAAAUCAAUUUGAUAAGUUAUACAAUCUAAUUUAUUCACGUUAUGUAGAGUAGUUUAUUUAAACUAUGUUUAUUUGAAGUGUUAUGUUUUUGUUGUUGUUGCUAGCUAUCGAUAUGUCAAUAUGUUCAGUUGAAUUUUGUUGUGAAUUGAAAAGAAAUUGUGAAUUGUUUUUAGCUUAGAUUAUUUACAUUUUCAGAAACAACAACACUUGUCAAUUACAGUAAUUACAAUUCAUAAUUUUCAUUUCAAUUCAUUACAUUGUGCUUAUUUUCUUUUUACACUAUUGUUUCAUUAUUUGAGUUACUUCAUUACUUAAUAGUUGUAACUCUCUAUCUACUAAGUGCAAAUUUACGUGAUUGGUUUGAAUGCACACUUAUUAUAUGGGGUUAGUGUUAUACUAAAUAGUUGUCAAAACUGAAUUAAUUGAAGGUGGGAGAAUUUAAAUCAGACUGAUUUGACUGUCAGUCUACCGUUAAUAUCUAAUUCACUUUAAUCGAUUAUUCUUUAUUCUAAGAUGACAUGGUUUAAAAUCGGUUUCAGUGACGCAGAUAAAUUAACUUUUUAUCUGACUUUAGGUUGUGAGUUCCACUUUUCUCACAUGCCUUUUCUCUUUUUCUCUUUGAACCAUAUUCUCAAUGUUAAGUCUUUUUCUUUAAUAUUGGUAUUACAUUAUAUCGAUUUCUUUGUUAUUCAUGUCUGUUACAACUUGUCGUGCUAAUACCAUGUAGAAACCUGGAUCAACGAACAUUUGUACCAGAUUCUACUCUGAUUAUGAUAAAGUUGGUUGCAAAUCUUAAUGUAAAGGAUGACAUUAACAGCGAAAAGUUUGGUCAUACCGAGUUGACUAUAUAUUAUUUAUCUUUAAUUGCUCUGGUUUAAAGACACUUGUUGUUUUAUUAUUGAUCUCCAUAAUAAUUUUAUUAAGUGAUCAGUAAUAUAUUUAUUACAUUCAUCCCCGAAAGAUCCACUUCAUCACUUUGUUUUUUCCUUAAUAAAUCCUUCAGUGGUUUUCUACUAAUUUUGCUAGGUGUUACCUUUGGAAGAUGAUAGUGUAGUCGGUUAAAAAUCGGAGGAGAUUUCUUUACUUACGUGCGAACAAAUCUGCAAGCAAUCGUUCGGAUUUUCCCAUUAUAACUUUAUCAGUCAAACCUAAUGCUUCCAUACUAUAAUUGGUUGUUUGUAUUAACACUUUAUUUUUUCCGCUUCAGGCAAAAGUAGUUCAUUUACUUGCAAAUGUCAAAGAACAGGUCUUAUUAAAAAGUCGUAAACAGAACGUUCGUAUAUCCCUGUCCUUAUUUCAUCAGGCUCUCUUAUCUCGCGCUUCUGAAGUCAGUACAGCAAUGGUAUACAUGGUAUCUACUGGGAAUCUUCCUCCCUCUUGUAAAUCUACUCUUUCCGCUCAGCUUAGCGGGCAAUCAACUGGUUUAAGUGUUCCGGCGGAUAAUGUUAAUUUUCUUCGAUUUGCUGCACAAUUUCGAGCUGUUCACCGAGGGGCAUUUUUCACAGAAAUGCGAACUACUUCAGUUCGUCGUUUAUUACCGGAAGCAUGGGGUUUCUUCUGUCCUGUACACACUCCUGAUGGUGCACCUUGUGGUCUUUUAAAUCACUUAGCAGAACCUGUAGAGGCUGUAUGUGAAACUCCAAAACAGUCAGUGCUUGAAAAUAUCGGGAAUUGGUUAUCUACACACAAAUUAAGACCGAUUGAAUUAUCCAGACAGUUGUUUGGUGUUGCUGAACAAAAAAAUGCCUUACCAGUUUUAUUAGAUGGUCGUCUUAUCGGUUGGUUGUCAACGUUAGAUGAAGCGAAACGUUUGGCAUUAGAGCUACGCAAUUCAAAAGUUGAUUCUAACUGCAAAAAUAUCCCUCAUACAAUGGAAAUAGCGUUAGUUCCUUCAACUGAUGUCGGCUCACAAUAUCCUGGUCUAUAUCUUUUUGCCGGUGGAUCACGGCUCUUAAGACCAGUUAAAAAUCUACAAUGUCCAAAAGAUUCAACUGGUAAAGAUGUUAUUGAAUGGAUUGGAACAUUUGAACAAGUUUAUUUAAAUAUAUCUGUGAAAGAGGAGGAAUUAAGUGAACGUUCACUUAUUGAUAGAUCACAUAUUGAAAUAGCUCCUGAAAAUAUUUUCAGUUUUGUUGCUGGUUUAAUCCCAUAUCCGGAUUUUAAUCAGUCUCCACGUAAUAUGUAUCAAUGCCAAAUGGCUAAACAGACUAUGGGUCAUUCUUGUUAUACGUGGCGUAAUCGAUCAGACGCGAAAGCUUAUCGUUUAUUUACACCUCAAAGUCCUCUUGUUCGAACUAAAAUGUAUGUUAAAUAUGAUGUCGAUCAUUAUCCUCUAGGAUUUAAUGCAAUUGUUGCAGUGAUGUCAUACACGGGUUAUGAUAUGGAAGAUGCUAUGGUGAUUAAUAAAGCAUCAUAUGAUCGUGGUCUAGCUGGAGCUUGUAUCUAUAAAUCAGAAGUUAUUGAUCUAUCUUCACUUUCCAAGUCAACAUCUUCAAAUAAUCCAUUUCAGAAGAAAAGAUUAAUCACAUCUGAAUACUAUUUCGGUUUUGCAGGUGAAAAACCUGAUAAAGGUUUAGAUUUAGACGGUUUUCCACCAGUUGGUGCCCGUUUAGAACCAGGAGUCAGUUGGUUAUAUGCCUAUACACAUAGUGAAACAUUGCAAACUAAUUUUGUCAAAUACGAAGGUGGUGAACAAAUAGCUUAUGUUGAUUCAGUAUCACUCAAUGGGUCGUGGAGUUGUGCUACAAUCACACUUCGUUUGCCUAGACAACCAGAUAUUGGAGAUAAGUAUAGCAGUCGUCAUGGUCAAAAAGGUAUUAAUAGUCUGUUAAUUCAAUGUGAAGAAAUGCCUUGGUCUACUACACAUGGUCUUAUUCCCGAUCUUAUAUUUAAUCCUCAUGGUUUUCCUACUCGAAUGACAAUGGGUAUGAUGAUUGAGUUUUUAGCUGGGAAGUCUGCUGCAUUAACAGGUAAUCGAGUUGAUGCAACUCCAUUUCAAUGGUCAGAAGAUUCACCACCUUAUGAAGAUUAUUGUCAAAUAUUAACCGAUUGUGGUUUCAAUCACUGGGGCACAGAGACAAUGAUGUCUGGAUCAACUGGACGUCAACUGGAAGCUCAAAUAUACGUCGGAGUUGUUUAUUAUCAACGUUUGCGACAUAUGGUAGCAGAUAAAUAUCAAGUUCGUGCUGAAGGUCGGUUCGAUCCAAUACUUCGACAACCGAUUAAAGGUCGUAAAGUUGGAGGUGGUAUUCGUCUUGGUGAAAUGGAACGUGAUUGUUUGUUAUCACAUGGUCUAGUUUUCAGUUUACAAGAUCGUUUGGUUGAUUCCAACUGUGAUAAAGUCAAGAUGCUUGCCUGUUCCAAAUGCGGUGGUUUAACGCAUUCUGAUUUGGCACGAAAUAUCACUAACACCAGUGUAAAUCAAAUGACCUCAGACGAUUCGUCUUCAUUUGUUCCAGGUACAAACCGGUGGUGUUGUCGUUUAUGUGAUUCUGAUAGUAGUGGCUGUGUGUCUAGAGACAGAGAUAACUCUCUUAAAUAUGUUCAAGUUUCAGCUGCAUUUAGAUAUCUGACGUACGAAUUAGCUUGUUUGAAUGUAAAAACUCGAUUAUCAUUGACUGACUUAGAGUAAUUUGUGAAUAAUAAUUAUUUUUUUAUUGAUAUCC